AUGGGGGAUACAAGAGACAUCUGUCCUCACCUGGAUUCCAUAGGAGAGGUGACCAGGGAUGAUCUGCUGCUCAAAUCCAAGGGAACUUGCCAGUCUUGUGGAGCUGUGGGACCAAAUCUCUGGGCUUGUCUUCAGAUUGGUUGUCCUUAUGUUGGUUGUGGAGAGUCCUUUGCUGACCACAGCACACUUCAUGCACAGGCCAAAAAGCACAACCUGACGGUGAAUCUGACCACUUUCCGUGUCUGGUGUUACGCUUGUGAAAAGGAGGUGUUCUUGGACCAGCGGCUGGCAACACACACGCAGUCACCGCCGGUGAAGUUCACUGAACCGGAUUCUCCAUUGCCUGCUCACCCUUUGAAAGCUGUUCCAAUUGCAGUGGCUGAUGAAGGCGAAUCUGAAUCAGAGGAUGAUGAUUUGAAACCAAGAGGCCUUACUGGAAUGAAAAAUCUUGGGAACUCCUGCUACAUGAAUGCAGCACUUCAGGCUCUCUCUAACUGUCCACCUCUCACACAGUUUUUUCUGGAAUGUGGUGGACUGGUCCGUACAGAUAAGAAACCAGCACUGUGCAAAAGUUACCAGAAGUUGGUGUCUGAGGUUUGGCAUAAGAAACGCCCAAGUUAUGUUGUUCCGAGCAGUCUAUCCCAUGGAAUUAAACUCGUCAACCCCAUGUUCCGAGGCUAUGCGCAGCAGGACACUCAGGAGUUCCUGCGGUGCCUGAUGGAUCAGCUUCACGAAGAACUGAAGGAACCCAUUGUUGCAGAGACAAGGGAUUUGGAUACCAGUGACCAAGACGACAAGCGAGAGGGAGACCGAAGUCCUUCAGAGGAUGAGUUCCUCUCCUGUGACUCAAGCAGUGACAGGGGUGAAGGAGAUGGUCAAAGCCGGACCACAGGAGGCAUGGGCAGCAGCUCCCUGGCAGAGACAGAGUUGUUGAUCCAGGAUGAAGCAGGAAGGGGGAUCUCUGAGAAAGAGAGGAUGAAGGACAGGAAGUUCUCCUGUGGCCAUCGACGCAGCAACUCGGAGCAGGUGGAUGAGGAUGCAGAUGUUGAUACUACUAUGAUGCCAGUUGAUGGUAGAGCCUCACCUGAGAUGCUGCCAGCUCCCCGUCCUGCCAGCCCGUGUAGGACACCAGAACCUGACAAUGAUGCCUACGUGCGCUGCUCCUCUCGCCCCUGCAGUCCAGUCCAUCAUGAAGUGCACUCCAAGCUCUCUAGCAGUCCUCCUCGCUCCAGUCCUGCCAGGCUUGGACCUUCCUACGUACUCAAGAAAGCCCAGAUGCAGGCUUCUGGGAAAAAGAAGAAAGAACUUCGCUAUCGCAGUGUGAUUUCUGACAUCUUCGAUGGCUCCAUUCUCAGCCUGGUCCAGUGCCUCACAUGCGACAGAGUUUCUACAACAGUGGAGACAUUCCAGGACCUGUCACUCCCAAUCCCAGGGAAGGAGGACUUGGCCAAGCUGCACUCUGCCAUCUACCAAAAUGUGCCAGCUAAGACAGGAGCAUGUGGGGACAGUUAUGCUUCACAAGGCUGGAUUGCUUUCAUCAUGGAGUAUAUCCGGAGAUUUGUGGUGUCUUGUAUCCCUAGCUGGUUUUGGGGUCCUGUUGUGACGCUGGAGGAUUGUCUUGCUGCCUUUUUUGCAGCAGAUGAGUUGAAGGGGGACAACAUGUACAGUUGUGAACGGUGUAAAAAACUGCGGAAUGGAGUAAAGUACUGCAAAGUCCUCCGGCUACCAGAGAUUCUUUGCAUCCAUUUGAAACGGUUCCGGCAUGAGGUGAUGUAUUCUUUCAAGAUCAACAGUCACGUCUCCUUCCCCUUGGAAGGGCUGGAUCUGCGGCCUUUCCUAGCCAAGGAGUGUGUCUCCCAGAUCACCACCUACGAUCUCCUGUCGGUCAUCUGUCACCAUGGCACCGCAGGCAGUGGGCAUUACAUAGCCUACUGCCAGAACGUGAUCAAUGGCCAGUGGUACGAGUUUGAUGACCAAUAUGUCACUGAAGUUCAUGAGACUGUGGUACAGAAUGCAGAAGCCUAUGUCUUGUUCUACAGGAAAAGCAGUGAAGAGGCUGUGCGAGAGCGUCAGAAAGUUGUGUCCCUUGCCAGCAUGAAGGAGCACAGUUUACUGCAGUUCUACAUCUCUCGGGAGUGGCUCAACAAAUUCAACACGUUUGCUGAGCCUGGUCCCAUCACCAAUCACACUUUUCUGUGCUCUCACGGAGGGAUCCCUCCUAAUAAAUACCAUUAUAUCGAUGACCUGGUUGUGAUUCUGCCACAGAAUGUGUGGGAAUAUCUCUACAACAGGUUUGGGGGUGGCCCUGCUGUGAACCAUCUGUACGUGUGCUCCAUUUGCCAAGUGGAGAUCGAAGCACUUGCCAAACGCAGGAGAAUUGAAAUCGACACCUUCAUCAAGCUGAACAAGGCUUUCCAGGCAGAGGAAUCUCCAAGCGUCAUCUACUGUAUCAGCAUGCAGUGGUUCCGUGAGUGGGAAGCUUUUGUCAAGGGGAAGGAUAAUGAGCCUCCUGGACCAAUUGACAACAGCAAGAUUGCACUCACAAAAGCAGGUGGCCACGUGCAAGUUAAGCAGGGUGCUGAUUAUGGGCAGAUUUCCGAGGAAACAUGGAUUUACUUAAGCACACUGUAUGGAGGGGGCCCGGAGAUUGCGAUCAGACAGAAUGUGGCCCAGGCCCAAGAACUGGAAAACCUACAUGGGGAGCAGAAGAUUGAAGCAGAGACACGGGCUGUGUGA